UACUUAAUACAAUCUGUCAUUGUUGCAUUUAACACAGAUUGUGUCAUGAUUACAUAAAGGAUCUGCUGAAAUGGUUAUAUGUUCAGACUACCAGAUCUGUAGGCUCAGUAUUAGACAGUUGUAGUGGGUUUUUUUGUUUGUUUUCUUAUUCUUUUUUUUUUCUGCUUAGCAUGAGAAUGCCCCCUUAUUUGGGAAAUACGCAAUUAUGUGAGUCUGUAGUCUGAAGUCUAAAAACCCAGAGAUUUCCCUUUAUUCCUGGCAGCCAAGGCACAGGCAUAUGACCUACGUUGGGUCAACUGAAUGUCCUUGCCCCUCGCUGUGAAUAGGGAAUAGUAUUACGAGGAAGGAAUAAGAGAUUAGAAUUGGUGCCAGUGGCCUUCCAUUGCCCCAUGGAGUCAGGGUCCAACUGUCUAGCAGCAGUGUCCCCUUAACCAGGCUGUGCCUUUGGCCAUGAAUCCAGCCACCUGCUUUCCUUAGGUUCCCAAGCUAUCUGGUAACCAUCCAGGAAAUUGUUUUUCCACAUAAGGAUACCAAAAACAGUUUCAGUUUUUGCCUAACUGUUAUAGUCACUCUUUAGAGUUGUAGGAAAACUACUAGCAGCCUAAGGAUAUAUCAAGGCCAAUUUAUGAGCUCUGUAGUUUUUUAAGUAAUGAUAAGGGGCCAUGUAAGUAGUGAUAAGCGGUGGUGAUGAUAAGACGAAGCUCCAGGAGGGCAGAGAUCGCAUCUGGCUUGAUUACUGUGGUAAUCAGCCCGGAGCUCACUGCCCCAGCAAACAUGUUCAGUAGUUAUUUAUUUGAUUUUGACUUUAAUGAAUAAAAUAAUAACACCCAACCCUAGGCCUCCUCAAUAUCUAUUUUAGAUUUUUGGAUCCUGACUGCUUUUAGUGUAGAUUUUCCUUAGGAAGGAAGAGAACUCAAAGUGAUGACGCUAAUGUUUUAAAUGCAGGUAAAUAAAAGGCUGUUUUUUCAUUGACAGAAAUGAGGAAGUCAACAGGAAAGAGAUCAGAUUUCUACUUUGAUAAAUUGAACCUAUUAAAUGUUUUGGCUUUUACCAUUUUCAUAACUACAGGUUAAACAGGUUGUGUCACUCACUACAUAGCUUUGUAUUUGUUUGAAAAGUACAACAGUCCCUCCUACUGGACUUUGAUCCAGCAAAAACCACUGUUACCUAACAACCUCAGACUGUCACUAGAACACCAGUACGAAGAAUCUUCUCUAGUUAUUUUUAAACAUUUUUGCAUAUAUAAUUUAUUUAAGCUUCCAAAAUGAUUAGAAAACUUCUUAUUGUCCUGCUUUUGUCGUUUGUGACUCUGGGAGAAGCAAGGAAAUCAUUUCUCAGUUUUCCGAAUAUAGAAAAGACUGAAAUACUAUUUUUCACAAAGACUGAAGAAACCAUCAUUGUAAGAUCAAGUUACAAGGAUAAAUGGCCAAACUCUAGUUACCUCUUCGUGCAACUAGAAGAUCCUAAAAUGCUGCGAGUGGUGAAUGUGACCAAGAUCUUAUCGGAUGUUACAAACUUUACCAUAAACCUAGUGACAGAAGAAGAUGGGGAGACAAAUUUGACCGUUCAACUGUGGGAUUCUGAAGGUAGGCAAGAAAGACUCAUUGAAGAAAUAAAGGAUGUCAAAGUCAAAGUGCUCAGACAAAGAAAAGACAAUGUUUUCCAGGCAUCAAUGCUUAUUGAUAGAAAUAUCCUAAUGCUUUUUCUACCAGUGAUACUGUUAAAUAAAUGUGCAUUUGGUUGCAAGAUUGAAUUGCAGGUGUUUCAAACAGUAUGGAAGAGACCUUUGCCAAUAAUUCUUGGGGCAGUUACACAGUUUUUUCUUAUGCCCUUUUGUGGAUUUCUUUUGACUCAGAUUUUGGCAUUGCCUGAGGCACAGGCUUUUGGAUUUGUAAUGACCUGCACAUGCCCAGGAGGGGGUGGGGGCUAUCUCUUUGCCCUGCUUCUAGAAGGAGAUAUCACUUUGGCCAUUUUGAUGACUUGCACGUCAACGUUAUUGGCCCUGAUAAUGAUGCCUGCCAAUUCUUAUAUAUACAGUAGAAUAUUAGGGUUAUCAGGUACAUUUCAUAUCCCUGUUUCUAAGAUUAUGUCAACGCUCCUUUUCAUACUUAUACCUGUAUCAGUAGGAAUAGUCAUCAAGCAUAGAAUACCUGAAAAAGCAAACUUCCUAGAGAGAGUAAUUAGACCUUUGAGUUUUAUUUUAAUGUCUGUAGGGAUUUAUUUGAGUUUCAGAAUAGGAUUAAUGUUUCUAAAAACAGUUAGCCUAGAGGUGCUUCUCUUGGGUGUCUUGGUUCCUACUUUGGGUUUGUUGUUUGGGUACUCCUUUGCUAAAAUUUCUAUGCUGCCUCUUCCUGUUUGUAAAACUGUUGCUAUUGAAAGUGGGAUACUAAAUAGUUUCUUAGCCCUUGCCAUUAUUCAGCUCUCGUUUUCACAAUCCAAGGCAGACUUAGCUUCUGUGGCUCCUUUUACAGUGGCCAUGUGUUCUGGAUGUGAAAUGUUACUGAUUCUUCUGGUCUAUAAGGCUAAGAAAAGAUGGAUCCUUAUAGAAGAGAAAAGAAAAAAAAUUCCCCUGGUCUAACAAUUAAAGCAUUAUUGAAUUCCUACUCUGAAUGAGGUACGCUGGGAGACUCAAAAGAAUAUCUAAAAUGAUACCUGCCCUCAACCCACUUAUGAUUGAAAACUUGACAUUAGGGGUGAAAUAUAUAUGUAAUCAUGUGUGCUAAACACCCAAAGAAUAGUGCAGUCAAUUAAUUGUAUGGGAAUUCAGAAGAAGGAAACCACUUUUCAACUGUUGGUUUGGAAAUGGUUUUACAGUUGGAUUUGAAUAUGAUACUUUAUGAUGGUCUCUUAAGUGGUAAAGGGCAAUUAAAAAAACUCCCCCUGUAGUGAUUAUGAUAAUAUCCCAAGUAUUUACAGAACAAGUGUCCACAUAAUAAGCAUUCAAUAAAUGCUCCUGCAGCGAGUGAAUAUGUAAAUUCCUAUUUGGACUCUCUUUGGUUCAUGAUGUCUAAAACUAAAUGUAGCAUCUCUGCACUUACAGCCAUGCUUCCUCUCGUCUUCCGCAUCUCCCACUAAAGACAUUACCGUUUACUCUGAAACACAAGGUCAUCUCUUCCCCUCUUCUCCUUUCUUCCCUCUUCUUUCUUUAUAGUCAACCUAUUGCCUACAGAAAAUUCCCCAUAAUAUCUUUUCAUCAGUCUCCUCUACAUUCCCAGUACUGCUACUUUUGUUCAGUCCUCUAUUGCUUCUUCCCUAAACCUUUCUAAACUGGCUUUUGGCCUCUGUCCGCUCUCCAAUCACUGUCAGAUUAAUCUUACUAAAAUCUAACUUUGAUCAUGUACUUUCCCUGCCACAAAGCCUUUUUUUUUGCUUUUUGAAUAAAGUCUGUAUUCCUUAGUGAGGCAUUUAUUACGCUCUGCUAUAUGACCUCAAUCUGGCUUUCCAGUUUCAUCCUCUCUCCCACUUCUGUACACACAGCCCUUGCUCCAAGCAGGAUGACUUGGUAUCUCAUGAAUAUACCUUUGUUCACACUGUUCCUGCAACUUGAGGGGCCCGUUUCAUCUCUAUCUAGAUUUUAACCACUCUUACAGACCUGGCUCAAAUAUCACCCUUGCUGUGAAGCUUUUGUUAAUCCCUCUUAGCUACCAGUAAGUUGAAUUUUCUCUAAAUUCUCAUAAUUUUUUGUACUCAUAGUAUUUAGCCAGUCUGGCUUGUUUUACAGCUGUGUUCCUGUUUUAUCCUUUCUAUUUUGCUGUAAAUCCUUAAGCAUGAGAAUUAUAAACAUUAUAUAUAAACAAUAUAAUAUGGUAAUAUGAACAAUAUUCAUUUUGAUAGUCCCCAUAAUAUCUUAACACAUUUCCUACAUGCUUGUUCAAAUAAAAUAUUGAAGCACAGACUAGGGCCCAAAUGAAUAGUGUGCUUGUUUUUAUACCACUUUUGAAGUUUCAAUGGCAAUUUUUAGUAUUUAGUUCCAGUUUGCACUCUUCUCCAAAGAGAGUGUGGGCAUCAAGAAUGAGAAGUAUAAAUCUAAAUAAUCCUGUUGCCCACAUUUCCUAGCCCUGUAGUUGUAGGCUAAUUACUUAAUCUCUCUGUAGUCCACUUUCUUCAUCUAAAAAAUGGGGAUAAGGGUGUAAACUCCAUCAGACUGUCGUCGGAAGUAAAUGAGAUCUUACUUACAAUGUACUUACAACAGUGCCUGGCACACAGGACGUGCUCAGUGAGUGUUAGCUGCUAUCAGUAUUUCAUCAGAGUUUAGAUUUCGGACCCUGAUGUAUCUGCUGUUGGU